GCCAACUUCCAACGAUCCCGCAUUCUCUUUCUUAAAAAAGCCAACUCCUUUUUUUAUUUCUUGAAUUAUGCUUUAUCCUCCUCUGCAGCUCUCUCUCCCUCUCUCUCCAACUGCUUCAAGUCUCUCUGUCCUCCUCCCAUUUUUUUCAUUUUCUAAAGAAAAACCCCAACAUCCCAAAAAUAAACAUUAUGGCAAAAGAGCAAAGCCAGGAACCUGCACUCACCAACCCUCUGCAGCUCCAGGACAAGGAAUUGGACCCCGGUUCUGACGAGCCUGAGGCCCCUUUGCCUCUCACCGUCACUUCCCGGGCCUUGUAUAUGUUGGGCGACAUUGCCGCAGGGCAGGCAUAUAGAAUCACGCAAUGGAUGGAACUGGUUCGUAAACGGAGUGCCAAAUAUCACUCCUCUGGCUUCCCCCACCACCUUCCGAGUUUCGACAGUAUGCCUUCUAGUGUAGGAGACUUUGUUGAUGAUUGGGAAGGUUCUCUUCCCUGUGAGCAAACCACGGAAGUCAAUCUCUGGGAAAGACUUGGUAAAGCUGCUGCAUUGGACAUUGAGUCGUGUUAUUUUUCCUGGGAUAGGCUCUCUUCGCUUCAUCACACUGAGCAUAGUAGUAGCAAUGACAAUUCUGAGGAUGAAAUGAAUAAAGCUCUUGAGGUAACCGUAAAUUCAGGGGGCGUUGUCUUCUUUGGCCUAUUCAACCAGCCAGGGAAUGAUGAUGCUUCUACUAAGGAAGCGGCGGCUGUUAUAAAGAUUUCAUCAUCAAGAAUGGCCACACAAUCUGAACGCCUUGGAUAUGAAUUUGCAAAGUGGCUUGGAGUUCGAACUCCUCAGGCCAGAGUCAUUCAUAAUUGUAGCUUGGAGUGGCUGCAGAUGAAGGAAGCUGCAGAGAAAGCAAGAGAUGCAGCAAGUUCAGAAGGAGAUGAAUGUGGGGAAAUGACGUGCUCAGAACUUUUGGAAGCUCUUGAACUUAGCCGGUGCCUUUUGCUCAUAAGCUAUGUUCAGGGAUCUCCUUUACUUGAAAGCCCAACUGUAUUUGAGUCGAGGGAAACUGCAGAAAAAACAGCGGCUGCUCUUGGUAGGAUCUUGAUGUUGGAUCUUGUCAUCAGAAAUGAGGAUAGGCUUCCUUGCCAUAAGCUCAGAUGGCGUGGAAAUUCCGCAAAUCUAUUGUUGGCUGACAAAAUGGCUUUGGGAAAUAUGGAUAGAUUGGAGGAAGCCUUCGAUUGUGCAAUCAAGCGAUACAAACCAAGAGUAAUCAGAGGUCUUCAUAAGGAUAGAAGGGCAACUUCAGUAGAUAGCAAAUUGGGUACUCAUAAUGCCGUAACAGUAACACAGACCUCUGAUCUUUCAGAUAUUAUAGAGUCACCAAGAUCUAUACAGAGUGAACUAUCAGAUCAUUCGGUGUUUUCUGAUUUUCCAGUUGUGGCUAUUGACUCUGGGGUUCCUCGUCGACCUCCUGCUGGAAAGCGCGCAAAUGAUCAGGAAAUUUAUCCCAGGUUGGUUGAGUUACUACUCAACAGUUCUGAGUACUCCUCUAAUGUGUUGCAUGAAAUAACAUUAGGGAAGUUAGGACGUUCUACCAUACAAGAAACUGAUGCAUCUGAUAUACCAGCGUAUGAGAUGGCUUCAGUUGUUAAAAAAUUUCGUAGUGGAUUCCGAGCUGCUCUUAGGGAUCUGCAGGGAUUCCAUAUAUUCUUACUCACACUUCAUCAAAGACUGGAAAACUUGUUAAGAAUAUUCUUCAAUAUUAUAGAUAGAAUAUCCUCAGGGGAGUCCGACAAAGAGGAUUUGGCAGUUCCUGGGUCUCCCUCUCAUGCUGCUGGAAGUGUUCAUUGUGCUUCUGCACCAAGUAAGGAACGACUUGUCAAUGAGAACAAUCCUGAUUUUAGUGAUUCCGAGUCACAGAGAACUGCUCUAAGGUCUUCGUCUUCUGGAAAUAAAGAAGGCUAUGACUGCAGCUCUCCCAUGUCAAGGGAUAGUUGGCAUGGGAGGUUCUCUAAAGGAAGUGCGGAGCCCCUCAGUAGUCUGCGUUUGACAGCAAAGCUUCGGGACUUUCAUAAAUACGCCAAGGUUGAUGCUGAAUCAAACAAAGAACUGGAACAGUGGAAUGAAAUGCUAAAGAGUGAUGCUAUCAAACUAUGUCAAGAGAACAAUUUUAAUUCUGGGUUUUUCGAGGGCAGUGACAACAAUGGUGUUGUUGAUGCUUAUGAAUUGAAGGUCAGACUUGAGCACAUUCUUGAGAGGAUUGCAUUGAUAUCGGAGGCUGCAAAUACAGAGAGGCCAUCUCGAGUCACAAGUUGCAUGUUCAUCGGUGGAGCCUUGGCUGCACGAUCUGUAUUCACGCUACAACGCUUAGGAAUUACUCAUGUAUUGUGUUUGUGCUCCAAUGAAAUUGGACAAGCAGAUUCUCAGUUUCCUGAUCUAUUCGAGUACAAGAAUUUUGCUAUAUGCGACAAUGACGAUACAAAUAUCAGCACCAUCUUUGACGAAGCUAUCAGUUUUACUGAUCGUGUUGAACAAGAAAGAGGGAUUCUCGUCCAUUGCUUCGAGGGGAAAAGUAGAAGUGCCACCCUAGUGCUUGCAUACCUAAUGCUGAGAAAGAAUUGCACUCUAUUUGAGGCGUGGAAUUCUCUAAAACAAGUUCAUCGUCGGGCGCAACCCAAUGAUGGUUUUGCAAAGAUCCUAGUGGAUCUGGAUAAGAAACUUCAUGGGAGAGUUUCCAUGGAGUGGCAACAGCGGAAGCCUACGAUGAAAGUUUGCCCCAUCUGCGGGGUAAAUGCAGGUCUUAGUAGCAGCUCGCUUAAGCUUCAUCUGCAGAAAUCACACAAGAAGCUAUCGUCAGGUAGUGUCGAUAGUGCAAUGACAAUGGAGAUACAAAAGGCCUUGACAGCGCUAAAAAUUAGCCGAGGCGGAAGCAUCAUCCCUAAACAGAGGUCUCAUUCAGAUGUUGAAGAUUAGGGAUCUCCCAGGCCUCCUCUUUAUAAGGUGCUUUUGGAGGUCAAGGACUUAUGGUUGCAGAAAUGUGGCUGGCCAUUCAUGUAGAUAUAAAUAUACAGAUUGUAGAGUUUGCCUGGUAAUCAAGAAGAUUGUAGAUUGUCAGACAAGUUAGGCAUGUAUAUUGGCAGUGCCAUGCACUGUGUUUCUUACAAAGCGAUAUUAUAAUGUACUCUAAUUUACGGGUGAAGGGAUUCGAACAGAGAUGUAAAGGGCAGGCGCACUGGCCUAACCCGCGUCUGCGAGCAAGCACAGUUUUUCAAGUGUACAUAGAUGAAUAUCAGCAGCAACUACCCUUUUUUAA